CCGCCCGCUUCUCUAGGUUUAGCUCAUGCCAAGUCUUGAGAUCGCCACAUCGGCGAAUGAACGCUUCGCAACUUUAUCAGCGGCAAAGCAGAAACAUUUGGUUGACGGGUGUAUCACUCGUCGUAUGCCCGCUACGCAGGCAUCGUCGACUGACCACUGGAAGUAUCGAUAAUGGACGCCGCUCUUGAGCGCUGUCAUCGUUGAACUCCACUCAAUCCUUACGAAUAACACGCUGGCUUCCAACAUGGCCCCAGCCUUGCUCACGGCCUUGGACUCCACCUCUCACGUCCACAUUAUUGUUGGCUCGAACCCACUCGCAGGCGCACGAUGUAGCAGAUCGAUUGAGGUCGGUGCAACGCCUAUUGUCAUCGCCCCAAAUACUGGCAACGUUCAUUACGGACUUGCGAAGCGCAUCGAAGAGCAUGGCAUACGGUGGCUGCAGCGCGACUUUGCAGAUGACGACCUCAAGACGCUAGGUCGUGAAGAAGUUGAACACGUCGUCGACGCUGUCUUUGUUACAUCUGGCGCGAGGAGCGCACUGGCACAGCGCAUCUCUACCUUAUGCAGAAGGCUGCGAAUCCCGGUCAAUGUGGCGGAUGCUCCAAACUUGUGUACCUUCACGUUACUCUCAACACAUAAUGCUGGGCCACUUCAGGUUGGCGUUACCACCUCAGGGAAGGGGUGCAAACUUGCUUCUCGCAUCAAGCGCGAGAUUGCGGCUACUCUGCCAGUCGGCCUCGGAGACGCAGUGGAAAGACUUGGAACGGUGAGAAGGCGGAUAUGGGAGCAGGACCAUGCCGCUGAGGCAGCGACGGAGUUAGAAGCGGAAGACGAGGAGACGGGGCAGAGUGCAGCCUUCAACAAGCUAGUCACUCCGACCGAUGCGGAGGCGGCCCGAGCACGACGUAUGAGGUGGCUGGCACAGAUCUGUGAGUAUUGGCCACUAAGGAGGCUGGCAGCUAUCACGGACGGCGACGUCGACGCUAUCCUAAAGGCGUACAGCCAGGAGAGCACCGGAAUCACCUCGGUUGAUGCGAAGCCAUUGCUCAACCCGGCCACAUUGGAUGCAAGGCGGAGCUGCGGAAGGAUCAUCUUGGCAGGCUCAGGUCCAGGCCAUCCUGAUCUCCUUACUACAGCAACGCUGAAGGCUAUUCGAAGCGCAGACCUUAUAUUGGCAGACAAGCUGGUGCCAGCACCUGUCCUGGAGCUUGUCCCUCGCCGGACGCCUGUACAGAUUGCCCGCAAAUUUCCUGGAAACGCAGAUGCAGCGCAAGAUGAACUCCACCGCAUAGGGCUGGAGGCUAUGAAAGAAGGAAAGACUGUUCUGCGGCUUAAGCAAGGCGACCCAUACCUAUACGGGCGUGGAGCGGAAGAAGUGGAGUACUUCCGCAAUCAUGGUUACGAAGCAACAGUAUUGCCAGGCAUCACAAGCUCGCUCAGUGCUCCUCUCUUCGCCAAGAUUCCAGCCACACAUCGAAGUGUCAGCGACCAGAUCCUCAUCUGCACAGGCACGGGCCGAAAAGGCGCCGCACCGGAUCCACCAGCAUUUCUUCCCAACCAGACUGUCGUCUUUCUCAUGGCUUUGCAUCGGCUGAAAGAGCUCGUUUCGAGCUUGACCGAGCGCAAAAGCGAUCCAUAUCCAUCCAGCACGCCUUGUGCAGUAAUCGAGCGAGCUUCGUGCCCUGACCAGCGCAUUAUACGAACAACGCUGGAGCACGUAAAUGCAGCAGUCGACGAGGAAGGCAGCAGACCUCCAGGCCUGCUAGUCGUGGGAGCUGUCUGCGAGGUGCUGCAAAAAGCACCGCAGAAGUGGGUGGUCGAAGAUGGGUUUCAGGGGCUCGACGUGCUCAAUGACCUCAGUGAAGGUGCGAACGGUCUGGAUGUUCUGAGAGACUCCCUCGUAACGCCGGGACUCGAGGAAAGUGCCGACCCGAUUGGACAUAGUAGAAGUGCUGUUGCUGUAACCGUGUGAACAUAGCUCCGCGCUUUACACAAUGCUCACGACAUAGCGAUUGCCAUCCGAACCAAAAGACGCGCUGCCUUGUCAUUAUCUUUAAAUUCAACCUGGACGGGCUGUCAGUCUCAACGAGCGUGAUUGGCGCUUUCGUCUUCGCCACUAUUACAGUGUAGCAUAAUCACUCAAUCGUUGAGAUUACGGAGCGUCAUGGUGGGAUGACAAGCUCAGCGUGCGCUGCACUCUGGAUUGGGUCACUGCGACCACUCGACAGAUCGACCGGAGUUGCACGUACACAGCGAUUGGUGGGUUCUGUCAACAACUAGCUGAGGUCA